AUGGAGAUGAGGCUUGUCACCUACGAGCAUAUGUCAGGGACACAAUGCUCGAAAAAGACUCCAUUGAGUUCGUGCUUCGUGGAGCAACUUGUCUGCAAUGAAGAUGAGGCUUGUCGCCUACGAGCCUUGUCUGCAAUGGAGAUGAGGCUUGUCGCCUACGAGCGUAUGUUAGGGACACAAUGCUCGAGAAAGACUCCAUUGAGUUCGUGCUUCAUGGAGCAACUUGUCUGCAAUGGAGAUGAAGGAGGCCCGUCGCCUACUUGGAGUCGAGCUGGUAAGCUGCAACUCGAACAAUGGUCUUGUUGUUGCAAGAUGCUAGCUGCUGAUGCAAGAUGUGAGCUACUGUUAGUAAGCUGCAACUCGAACAAUGACCUUUUCUCGUUCCUCUUCGAGCAGAUCAAGGUUGACUUUCAUCUGCUUGCAGUUUUGGUCAAGACUACCCACCUCGAUGCUCAUGGAAGGGACUGUGAUGUGUGGGGUAAUGAUUGCUUCUGUUCCCAUAGGCCAGGGAAAAUGGUGUCUCUCCGAUUGAUCUCCUUUUGGUUGUGCGAUAAGCUCAUAGGACUCCUGGCAACCCGUCGACCCAUUUUCGUUUUGCGCAUUCCAGUCUUUCCUUUACGCAGUCCAACACGAUUUUGUUGGAUGCCUCUGCUUAGCCAUUGCCUUACGGUUAUCUAG